AUGCUGCAAGGAGAAAGAAAACACAUCGGUCCCCCAACUCCCCUGUCCCCCAAAUCCCCUGUCCCCCAACUCCCCUGUCCCCCAACUCCCCUGUCCCCCAACUCCCCUGUCCCCCAACUCUCCUGUCCCCCAACUCCCCUGUCCCCCAACUCCCCUGUCCCCCAACUCUCCUGUCCCCCAACUGCUCUGUCCCCCAACUCUCCUGUCCCCCAAAUCCCCUGUCCCCCAACUCCCCUGUCCCCAAAUCCCCUGUCCCCCAACUCCCCUGUCCCCCAACUCCCCUGUCCCCCAACUCCCCUGUCCCCCAACUCUCCUGUCCCCCAACUCCCCUGUCCCCCAACUCCCCUGUCCCCCAACUCUCCUGUCCCCCAACUGCUCUGUCCCCCAACUCCCCUGUCCCCCAAAUCCCCUGUCCCCCAAAUCCCCUGUCCCCCAACUCCCCUGUCCCCCAACUCCCCUGUCCCCCAACUCCCCUGCCCUGCAACUCCCCUGUCCCCCAACUCCCCUGUCCCCCAACUCACCUGUCCCCCCAACCCCCUAGGCCCUGCAACUCCCCUGUCCCCCAACUCCCCUGUCCCCCAACUCCCCUGUCCCCCAAAUCCCCUGUCCCCCAACUCCCCUGUCCCCCAACCCCCUAGGCCCUGCAACUCCCCUGUCCCCCAACUCCCCUGCCCUGCAACUCCCCUGUCCCCCAACUCCCCUGUCCCCCAAAUCCCCUGUCCCCCAACUCCCCUGUCCCCAAACCCCCCUGUCCCCCAUCUCCCCUGUCCCCAAACCCCACUGUCCCCCAACCCCCUAGGCCCUGCAACCCCCCCCCCCCAACUCCCCAGGUCUCCCAACCCUCCUUCACCCCAACUCCACUGUCCCCCAACUCCCCUGUCCCCCAACCCCCCUGUCCCCCAACCCCCCUGUCCCCCAACUCCUCUGUCCCCCAACUCCUCUGUCCCCCAACCCCCUAGGCCCUGCAACCCCCGCCCCCCAACUCCCCAGGUCUCCCAACCCUCCUUCACCCCAACCCCCCUGUCUCCCAACUCCCUAGGUCUCCCAACCCCCCUGUCUCCCAACCCCCUAGGCCCUGCAACUCCCCUGUCCUCCAACCCCCUAGGUCGUGCAACUCCCCUGUCCCCCAACCCCCUAGGCCUCACAACCCCCCUGUCCCUCAACUCGCCAAGCCCCCCAGGCUUCCCAACCCCCCAACACAUCAGGCUCCCUGUUCCCCAACGCAAGGCUCCCCAGCUCCCCGUUCCCCAAUGCCCUAGGCUCCCCAGGUCCCCCAACUCCCCAGGUCCCCCAACUCCCCAGGUCCCCCAACUCCCCAGGUGCCCCAACUCCCCAGGUGCCCCAACUCCCCAGGUGCCCCAACUCCCCAGGUGCCCCAACUCCCCAGGUGCCCCAACUCCCCAGCCCUAA